AGCGCGGCGCCAGGAGCGGAACCGGGAAGCGCGAAGAUGGCGGUGGGUAAGGAGCUGUUGGAGCGGGACCUGUACGGGCUGCUGGGCAUCGGCGAGAAGGCGUCCGAGAAGGAGGUGAAGACAGCGUUCCGGCAGAAGGCGCUGACCUGCCACCCGGACAAGAACCCCGACAACCCCCGGGCAGCGGAAACCUUCCACCAGCUGUCCCAGGCCUUGGCCGUGCUCACAGAUGCAGCAGCCAGGGCAGCCUAUGACAAGGUGAGGAGGGCAAAGAAGGAGGCUGCAGCAAGGACACAGAAACUCGAUGAGAAGAGGAAGAAAGUAAAGCUUGAUCUUGAAGCCAGGGAACGGGAAGCCCAGUCCCAGGAGAAUGAAGAGGAGGAGAUCAGGAUAACGAGAUCAUUAGAAGAAGAAAUAAUCCGCCUGCGCGAGGAGGGCUCCCGGCAGCUGGAGGAGCAGCAGAGGCUCAUCAGGGAGCAGAUCCGCCUGGAAAGGGAGCAGCACAGACAAGGCAAGCAGGAAAGAAAUGGAGCAGAAGGCAAAAUAACUCCUAAGCUCAAGCUUAGGUGGAAAUGCAGGAAGGAAGAUGAGACAGGAGGGGGAUACUCCAAAGAUGUGCUGCUGCAGAUUCUGCAAAAGUAUGGUGAUGUGCUCAAUUUGUUGAUCUCCAGCAGGAAGACUGGGAGUGCAGUGGUGGAAUUUGCCACGGUGAAGGCAGCUGAGAUGGCUGUGAAGAAUGAAGUUGGCCUGCUAAAUAACCCCCUGAAGAUUUCCUGGCUGGAGGGCCAGCCCCAGAGUCGCCCCAGCACUGUCCUCCCUGACAGCACCAGCCAGCCCAGGACCUCACAGGCGUCAGUGGUGUCGGAGCGGGACUACGAGAGCCUGGUGAUGAUGAGGAUGCGCCAGGCAGCCGAGAGGCAGCAGCUCAUCCAGCAGCUCCAGCGGGAAGAUGAGGCAGAAAAGUCCCACACUUAACAUGAGAGUAUGGAUUAUCCCCACCCCUCUCCCCCACAGAGCUGUUUCUUAAUUUAAGUCAAUAAACCUCCUUUUUUUAAAAGGU